CUCGUUGUCCUACCUUUUCCUGGCGGCAAGGCGUGCGAGUGCGCUGAAGAAACUGAUGCUUUUUGAAUAAAGAAAUAUUUUGGUUGUUAAACUCUAAUUUUUAAACAUGAGUUUGCCUUUGAAUCCUAAACCAUUCCUGAAUGGUCUGACAGGGAAACCAGUAAUGGUGAAGCUGAAAUGGGGAAUGGAGUACAAGGGCUACUUGGUAUCCGUGGACAGCUACAUGAACAUGCAGUUGGCUAACACAGAGGAGUAUGUGGAUGGAGCUUUGGCUGGUCACCUAGGAGAGGUGCUAAUCAGGUGUAACAAUGUAUUGUAUAUACGAGGCGUGGAAGAGGAGGAAGAGGACGGCGAGAUGCGUGAAUGAUGUGGGGAUUAUUAAGUUAGGUUGAAAAUGUACGACGUUUUAGUUUUAUGUGAUUUUUUUUUUCUUUUUUUGUGAAAAGCAUUUGUUAUUUUGUACACUGUAUAAGCGUAAUUGUAGCACAAUUGUGCAAAUAAAAUUAUGCAUUUUGUA